AACUGUCACAGAUCUGCUUUACCCCUCUCUCUCUCUCUCUCUCUCUCUCACACACACUGCUCAGGACUGAGGUUUACCUGCUGUCUGGUUCCUGCCAGUCGACAUGGCGUCCUCAAACAGGCAGCUGACGUCCUUCUUCAUUGAAGACAUUCUGUCUGUGAGAGAAGACAAGAGUGGAGAAGAGACGAGGGGAAGUUUAGCUGGAAGCUCACGGUGUUGUAAAGACGGAGGAGAAAACCACGACGCCCUGUUCAUAGCCGCGUUAGCUACAAGACCUGCUUCACCUGACGAGUCGUGUCUGGCGGAAAGGACAAACUCUCCGACAGAAGCGACGACCGACGCCGACGAGCCGCCGAGCCACGCGCGCGCUCUGACUCAGAAGCAGAAGCGCUCGCGCGCCGCCUUCACGCACCUGCAGGUGCUCGAGCUGGAGAAGAAGUUCAGCCGCCAGCGCUACCUGUCCGCACUGGAGCGCGCGCACCUGGCCGCCGCACUGCGCCUCACCGAGACCCAGGUGAAGAUCUGGUUCCAGAACCGGCGCUACAAAACCAAGCGGAAGCAGCAGCUGGAUUAUUACCGGAAGUCGGAGGGAAACGGUGCUGUGGUGGAAGAGGACUUGAUCAGAGCGUCGCUGCUCACCACCAUGUACACGUGCUAUCCGUACCGGCCGUGCGUGUACGAGCCACACGGACUGGGCGCCUGGAGGCCGACGGUGUGGUGACCUGGACACCGGGGGAGGCUUUAAAUUAAACCUGCUCAUGUAGCUAAUGUGUGUUUUUAUUAUAUCUUGUACAGCUUUGUAUCCAUAAAUAAACUUGUGAUUUUGUAAAUUUUA